AUGUCUCUACUUUCAGAUCUCAUAAACCUGGAACUGCCAGGAACCAAGAUCAUUGCUGAGUACAUAUGGAUCGGUGGAUCUGGUGUGGACCUUAAGAGCAAAGCCAGGACACUUCCUGGACCAGUGACUGAUCCUGCCAAACUUCCGAAGUUGAAUUAUGAUGGGUUUAGCACCGAUCAAGUUCCUGGGGAUGACAGUGAAGUCAUCCUAUACCCACAGGCAAUUUUCAAGGAUCCCUUUAGGGGAGGCAACCAUAUUCUUGUGAUUUGUGAUACUUAUACCCCAGCUGGAUACCCACUUCCAACCAACAAGAGGUUUGAUGCUGUCAAAGUUUUCAGUCACCCUGACGUUGUUGCUGAGGAGCCAUGGUACGGUUUCAAUCAAGAGUGUACUUUGUUGCCUGUAGAUGAAAAUUGGCCACUUGGUGCCUUUCCGGUACUACAGAACAUGCUUUUGGAUUCGCACACAAACUUGCUUUCUAUGAUUCUCAAUUACAAUGCGGGUGGGUUUUCUGGUUCGGUAUCCCUGGUUCUCGUUUUUGCUUUUGCUUUCAUCUUGGCCUGCUCGCGGAUGCCAUUAUUUGCUGUUUUGCAUCCUCUUUUGCAUGGCCCACGCGCUGCUGGUGAUAUUGCAGAUGCAUUUCACAAAGCUUGUCUUUACGCGGGCAUUAACCUUAGUGGCAUCAAUGGAGAGGUUGUGCCUGGCAAGUGGGAAUUCCAUCCUUCUGUUGGUAUCUCUGCUGGAGAUCAGGUGUUGGCUGCACGCUACAUUUUGGAGAGGAUUGCAGAGAUAGCUGGAGUAGUUGUUUCAUUUGAUCCUAAGCCUCUUCCGGGAGAUUGGAGUGGACCUAGGGCUCGUACGAGCUACAGCACCAAGUCCAUGAGAGGUGAGGGUGGUUAUGAGGCCAUUAAUAAGGCAAUUGAGAAGCUUCGAUUGAGGCACACAGUGCACAUUGAAGCUUAUGGAACUGCAGGCGACACCACCCCCUUCUCUUCUAGUGUGGUAAACUGCGGAAGCGUCAUCAAGGACAGAAGAGCUGCUGCAAAUAUGGAUCCCUAUGUGAUCACCUCAAUGAUCGCAGAGACUACCAUCCUCUGGAAGCCAUCGCUGCUGGAAAAGCUGAAAUCGGUGGCCAGAAAAUGCAUCUGCAAUAAUUGA